AUGACAGGGUUUGGGGUCCUCACGCUGCUGCUGCCCGUCCUGCUGGGCUGGGCCAGCUGCCACCCUGUCCCUGGAAGGAAGAACUUCAACAAGCUGCUGCUGAUCUCCUUCGAUGGCUUCCGCUGGAACUAUGACCAGGAUGUGGACACCCCCAACAUGGACCGCCUGGCCCAGGAGGGCGUGAAGGCCAAGUACCUCACACCACCCUUCGUGACAAUGACGUCCCCGUCUCACUUCACCACCAUCUCAGUACAGUGUAAGAUCACAGGUACACUGGGUGUGUCAUGUUGCAAGAUGGUGCCAUUGCAGCUCAGAAUGCAGGCUGCGGACUUGGACACCUGGAGCAGGAUCCAGCCAGCUCCACCCUUCUCCAGCUGCAUGACCUUGGGCAACAACCUCCUCUGGGGGAGGAAGACAGCAUCAUUCCACUAUCCUGGGGGAGGUGCAAAGUACAAAGGGGAGGCUGUCCAGCGGUCCCUGGUGGAGUCUCACACUCACCCAGACAGCAAUGAGACAGAGUGGAGGGAGAACAUCGAUAUUGUCAUGAACUGGUUCACUAAGGAAGACUUUGAUUUUGUGACUCUGUACUAUGGAGAGCCAGAUAACGUGGGACACAAAUUUGGGCCUGAGACGGAGAACAGAAGGGUGAUGAUUCAGCAAAUUGACAGAACCAUCGGGUACCUGGUGGAAGCCAUUAAAAGGCACAGCUUGACCAAGCACCUCAAUGUCAUCAUCACAUCAGACCAUGGCAUGACCACAGUAAAAAAGAGCCCAAAUGUCACUGAGAUCCUCUUGACAAACUACAUCAAGUUCAAGGACUUGGUCAAGUUUGAUAUCGUGGACUAUGGUGGCUUUGGGAUGAUCCUGCCCAAACCAGGGAAAGAGGAAGCUGUUUACCAAGCACUGAAGAAUGCACAUCCUCACCUCAAUGUGUACAAGAAGGAGGAAUUCCCAGAACGCUUCCAUUUUGCUAAACACAAGCGGGUGCUGCCAAUUGUGAUGUACGCUGACUCUGGUUAUAACAUCAAUGGGGUGAGUCGAUUCUAA